UUAUGUAUAUCUAUUUAGGCACCAGUUGAAAGGUGUAAUAUAAUUGUAUUACUCGUUGGCCCUAGCAUUGUACUUCUUUGUUUCAUUGGUGAUCGUAGCAGGACCUGCUGCAAGAAGAAAGACAAUGACAAAGGGCAAGAAGAAGGCUGCUCAAGCUCAUCCUGAACCUGACGAAGACACAAUUGCAGGAAGAAGGAAGAAUCGAAACGUCCAGUCCAUUUAUCAAAGACAAGCAGAAGAUCUGGGCAAGUCUCCAGCACAGUCAGUCAACGAUGAUGGACAAGGACUCAACCUUCAGACCCCAAAUGCAAAAAGUGAAACCACAUCUCAACACAGUAGAGCUCAAGAUGCUGUUGAACGUGAUGCUGUGCGUUCCAAAAUUGAUUUAGCAUGCCAGAUGAUCAACAAGCUGAUAGCAGAAAAUGGUUCCCGCCGAGCAUGUCGCGGAUUAGUUGACAAGCUCGACUCCAUGUAUGCAGACACCGAACGUCUUAACUUGUUGGCUGUCAUGCCGAAUCAUACAGAAGAGUUUGGAAGACAAGCAGCCAUCCAAAUUGCACUGUUCACCCAAAUUGAGAAAGCCAAGGAAGACGUAGAUGAAUUCAUCAAUUCUCGUGCAGACGAAGCUUCUUCCAUUGCUUCCUUUCAGCCUCUUUCUAUUCGAAGGGAGGUAUUGAGAAACUGGACUCAAAUGACUUCUCAAGCCCUAGCUGAUGCGAAACAGAAAGCUGAAGAAGCUCAACGAAACGCAGAAAAGUUGCAGAAGGAGUCAGUCGACGCGAAGAGGAAAGCGGAAGAAGCAAACAAAGAGGUGGAAAAUUUAACAGGUGCUAUGGAGAAAAGAAAAUCUGCAAAUACAGUCAUCAGUGAUGGACAACACGACUGGGGAGACAAAGAAGCUUCUAUCAACGAUUGGCGUCGGAAACCCCUCAUUGAACCAAGGUCUCGAGAAACCGAAGAGGAAGGCGAGCCUGAUUGCUGGAUUGACCGAUAUUGCUCCGGUUUGGAAGAUCCGACCUGGUUUUAUUCUCACAAGGCCCCGUCAUUGAAAAGCGAACUUCCAGUAUUUUCUGGUAAAGCUUUAGACUGGUUCUGGUGGAUUGAUCUGUAUCGUUCAAUGGUGCAUGAUCAAAGAAUUUCAGCUGGCGAGAAGUUAGCAAUUUUGAAGAGUCGUUUAAGCGGUGAGCAACUGGACAUUGUUCAAGGUUUAGGAGGAGGAGAACCCGCGUACAAGUCAGCGCUUUCUCGUCUCAAGCAGGCAGCUGGACGCCGGGAUGUCAUGCGAGUUCCCCAUCUCAGUGAACUCGAUCGAAUGGAUCUCGGACGUGAUCCAACGGCAUUACGUCGGUUUGCAGAAAAGGCACGGACUCAUCUCUUCGAUUUGACGCGGAUUGGAGAAACUUCAAGCUCUGACAUCAUUGAACGUUUAUGCCGGAAACUUCACCCAGCAGAUCGACUCGAGUGGAAUUCCAGAAGAGGAACUGGAUUGGAGCGUAGAAGUCUCAACGAAUUUGGGGAGUGGCUCUGUGUAAGAGCUUCGGCUUAUCAAAACGCGUACAAUAUUGCAGCAGAACAAUCAUCUGGAAAUGGGUUUGGCAGUUCACGACAUCGUCCGACCACCGCUCGUGCUCAUCACACUAGCUUCGAACCAGAUCGUUCCGACAAGCCCUACAAAAGUCGCUGUUAUUGUUGCAAUGGAAGAGCACCGUGUUUUAUCUUGCCCAACGUUCAAGGCAAUGCCGACCAAGGAGAAGAUCCGAUUCUGCAUUAG